AUCUUGGAUCACACAGAAUCCCACCAAAAAUCUACAACUCCUUUUCCACUUACCCUUUCCGGCAUGCACCGUCGCCACCAUGACAACCACCACCACCGCCACACUCCCUCGCUACCCUCCUCCUCCCACCAAACUCUACCUCCCCCGCCGCUCUCUCCUCUUCCUCUCCGCCACCACCACCACCACCCUCUCCCUCCCCUCCCUCUCCACCGCCUCCCCACCACUAAAACAACCCGACACCACCAUCACUGACCGUGUGUUUAUGGACUUUAGCAUCUGCCCUAGCUACUUCCAAGCCCGAACCCUUGGUUCUGAUCUCGCUUCGUGUCCUGACUCCGAGCCUGUUGGACGCAUUGUUCUUGGGUUAUAUGGGAAUCUGGUUCCUAUCACUGUUUCUAAUUUCAAAGCUAUGUGCACUGGUGUCUCCGGUUAUUAUAAAGGUACAUUGAUACAGAAGAUAUUUCCUGGUAGGUAUUUUAUGGCGGGACGGCAGGGGCGGAGAGACAAGGGGGAAGUGAAGCCGCCAGUGAAUUUGGUUAGGAAUACAGAGAGUGUUGAGCCUAAGGCGUUCGAAUUAGGACACACGAAGGGUGGUGUUUUGUCGUUGUGUUUGUCGGAGAAUGAUGACGAGGAUGAUAUUAAACUUGAUCCGGAUUAUCAUAAUGUGGAGUUUAUGAUCACUACUGGUCCGGGUCCUUGCCCUGAUCUCGAUGGUCGGAAUAUCGUGUUUGGUUCUGUUCUUGAAGGUAUGGAUGUUGUGGCAAACAUAUCAUCAAUUGCAACAUACAAACCAGGGGAAAGAGUCAGACAAUACAAUGACUUUGCGGAAUUUAUUGGAGAUGAAAGAGCUAAAAGCGCACGGGCAAUAUGGGACAGACCUCAAAAAACAUUGUACAUCAGCAACUGUGGAGAAGUCAAAGUCACAAAGCCCACCCUCUCACCCUCAUUACCUUAAUUCACUUCACUUGUUUGUUUCACCAAGCUCACAAUUCUUGUUGAAAAUCCGAGGUGUUUGUACAUGAGAUGUACCUAAUGUACGUUUUUAUUUAUAUGAAAUUAUAUAUUCGAAGACGGUUAUUUUCAA